AUGUCGACUUCGCAAUCUGCGCUGGUGCUGCCCACCCGCCCAAAGGAGCCGUACACCAACAUCACCUGCCCUUAUCCUCAAUGCGGCAGCGCCAUAGAGUACCUCCCACCACAGCCCUCUGCGCUUCGAGAGUUGCCGGCCACCGAGACGACGUUUAAGGUGAUUUGUUGCAAAUGCAAAGGCAGAUUCGAACCGCCUGGCGCUGCUAGGAUAGUCAGGGAGACGAGAGCAGGCAGGGAUGGCGGUGGCAGUGGUGCGGGUGCGGGUGCCAGCGGGUCGGGCCAAAAAGAUGCGGCGAGGAGGAGAAGGAUUGGGACGGAUGAGAAGCCGCUCGAUACCGAGUAGUGAGUGAUGCUGCGCUGUGCUGCGAGUGGGGGCUGAGCAUGAGCCUGCGCGACACGACGUUGCGAUCAGCUUUCAUCGGUGCAAACGAUUGCCGUGUAUUGGUCAAUGCGCUCCAUGCGAUGCUAUUUUUGUGAAGCUCAACAUGGCCCAUGUAUGCGCGCUCGCCACGCUUCCAGCCGCCCAUUCUAUGCGCGCGCAGACUCUAGCUGACUCCAUCCCCCUUGCGCACACUGCUCAGCUACGAUAUUCUCGGCGUCUCGCCGACGUGCACGCCCGAGGAGAUCAAAAAAGCGUACCGAAAGCUGGCCAUCAAGCUGCAUCCUGGUAAGUACCCCAACGCUCGCGCACAAGGGCGUCUCGCAUCCAAUCUCAUGUCCACUGCCGAACCAUUUCAUACAGACAAGAAUCCAAACGACCCGGAAGGAGAAGAGAGGUUCAAAAGGCUAGCAACCGCCUACUCUGUGCUCUCAGAUGCCGAGUUGCGACACAAGUAGUGAGCAGAGCGAGCGAUGCGAUGCGAUACGUGAGCAUGCUAACGUGUUCUCGGUGCGCACCACAGCAACGAGUUUGGACCCUCAACGCCUGGCUUGGUGCCCGAGGAUGGGUUUGUGGAUCCAGAGGAAGUGUUCGGUAGCCUGUUUGGCGGUCAGCGCUUCAAGGAUAUCGUGAGUGACUGAACGACGCAAUUCGAGCGUCCACGUCGAGUUGGCUGAGCGCGAUGCGCCUCUCCCAAAGAUCGGCACCAUAUCCAUCGGCCGAGACAUGAAGGAGGCGCUGCAGCAAGAUCCGGACGAACUGGAGCAGCAGGUGGCUUCAGAGGAGAGCAAGGCGAACGGUGGACCUUCCAAUGCGAUUGCAGCUGCACCAGGCUCUUCUUUGACUCCAGAACAAAAAGCCGCAAAGGAAGCUGCCAAAGCUGCAAAGACGGCCAAGGAAAAGGCAAAGGAGGAAGAGAGGGCAAAGCAGCGGGAAGAGAGGGUGUCCAAGCUUGCCGAGAAUCUGAUCAGGAAGCUCAGCGUGUACACGGAGAGCGUGAGAAAUGCUGGCGACGAUGCGCUUGCACGACAGAUUGCAGACUCGUUCCGGGAGAUUACAAAGAUCGAAGCGGAAGAACUCAAGACGGAGUCGUACGGUGUCGAGCUGCUGCAGACGGUGGGCUUUGUAUAUUCCAGCAAGAGCAAGCACUACCUUGCAGCAACGGGAAUGCUGUGGGGAAUCGGCGGGUUGUAUCACUCGGCCAGCAGCUCCAUGCACGUCAUUAGGGAGACUGUCAGCACCGUCAGAGCGGCUUUGGAGCUCAAGAGCGUGUUUGAAGAGCUGGCCAAGGCGGAGGAGCAGGUGAGUGUCUGGAGCGUGUUAGCCGCAGUCAGAAGUUGUUGACGAGUCGCGCUCGCCGCUCGUAGGGCAUCACCGAGGAGCGCAAAAAGGAGCUGGAAGAUCAGGCGGCAAGCAAAGGGUGAGUCGUGGGCACAGUGGCUAUGGAGAUGGCUGGGAGCGCAGCGCACUGGUAUGUACUCACGCGACGCUCCUGGCGAUUCGUACGACAGCAUGCGGGCGCUGUUCAAGGGCGCCAAACUCGAAGUGGAGUCGGUCAUUCGCGAAGUGACGGAGAGGGUACUGUACGAUCAGAGCGUUACCAAGGAGACGCAGAGGUUGCGGGCACAAGCGCUCGGCAUAGUUGGUGCAGUGUUUGAAGCCACGCAAGCCGAUAGCGCUGCAAGCGAUGCAGAAAAGGACAAGGAGUACGUCAAGAUCGACACGAAAGCUUAG